AUGUCUUUCUGCUCAGAAGAUCGUAUGAACAGGCUUGGAUGUAGUGGGAAGAAGAUGGAAAUUACCAUUGACACUAUGGGACAUCCACAUACAUCAAUAGUUCAAGCAGUAAAUGGUCUUCAAGUAUACGAUCUUGAGUUGAAGAAUGUCAUAUCUUUACCGACAGUGUACUCAAGGGAGCAGAUACCUGUAUCUAACAAGCACAUACCCACGUCCUUUGAUGCAUCACAUUGGCCUCAUCUAGCUGACAUCAGAGUACCAGAAAUUGAUGCCAAAGUUGCGCUUUUGAUUGGAUCCAAUGUACCAGAUGGCUAUUAUCCACUUGAGAUUCGAACGGGUCCACAAGGUAGUCCUCAUGCUUCUAGAACUCAGUUGGGUUGGAUUCUUUGGAAUGUCAUGCGAGCUCAAAAGCUGGAAGAAGGAAAUCAUUUCCCAUCCAUGAAAACGGAAAUUGCCUUCAAGAAUGCUGAAGAAAUAAGUAGACUUGACAAAAUGGUGAAAGAAAGUAUGAACUUUGAUUUUCCAGAAAGGAACAUUGAUGACAAAAAUGAAAUGUCGCAAGAAGAUAAAGAAUUCAUCAUUGCUGUAUCAAAGUCUAUUAACAAGCAAGAAGGUCACUAUGAAAUCAAGCUGCCCUUCAGAAGAGAGAAAGUUGUAAUGCCUGACAAUUCAGCACAGGCAUUGCAUAGACUUAAUGGUCUAAAGAAGAAAUUAUCCAAGCAUAAGAAAUUCCAGGAAGACUAUAAGGUAUUCAUGAAAGACAUACUUGAUAAAGGAUAUGCUGAGAAAGUACCGGUCAGUGAAAUUCAUGGUACCCCAGGGAAGGUAUGGUACUUCCCUCACCAUGGAGUGUAUCACCCACGUAAACCUGAGACGAUUAGAGUGGUCUUUGAUUGCACAGCUGGUUACCAGGGUGUUUGUCUAAACAGCAUGUUACUACAAGGUCCGAACCUCACCAACAACCUACUUCGGAUGCUGCUAAGAUUCCCUCAAGAAAACAUUGCUGUGAUGGGAGAUAUACAAGCUAUGUAUUAUCAAGUGAGAGUGCCAAGAGAGGACUGUGACUUUUUGAGAUUUUACCGGUGGCCAGAUGCUGAUUAUACACAGGAACCACAAGUGUACAGGAUGCUUGUCCACCUUUUAGGAGCUGUGUCACCCUCAAGGUGUGCUACCUUUGCCCUGCAACAGGCAGCUAAGGAUAAUAAAGAUGAAUAUGACCCUGACAUUACAAAUAUGAUAAAGGAGAACUUUUACGUGGAUGAUUAUCUUGCUACUGUUCAAGAUGAAACACAGGCUGUACGUGUUGUCAAAGACGUUACAGACUUAUGUCACAAAUGCGGAUUUAGACUUACCAAGUGGAUAAGUAAUAGUCAUGAUGUGAUGAAAUCUAUUCCAUCAGAAGAAAGAGCUAAAGAUGUGAAACAGUUGAACCUUGACUGUUGA